ACAGAAAAAAUUGUACUUUUAAUCUUUAAAAAUAGAUGUAUGUAAUUUUUUGAAUGUAAAUUUAACAUAAUUCAUUGAUAUUUUUUUGUCAAGAGAAUUUCUGGAGAGAGGGAGCAUUUGUUAAAUUAAAUCUGGAGGAACCAUCGAAAUAUAAUUUUUAAAUCUUAUUCAUCGUUAAGAUUAAAAUGACACACUCAUUCAGAGGCUUAGAGCCUGUUACGUGCAUAACUGACAAUCAACCAAUCGAUGUAUCUCUAAGCGUUUUUGUCGCAUUUGGCUUGUUAAUAAGCUUUUUACCACAGGUAUAUAAAAUUAUUAAGUACAAAACGAGCGAAGGGAUUAGUCCCUGGUUUCUCAUGUUGGGAACUAUGUCAGCAACUUGUGUUCUUUUUAAUAUUGUGAUUUUACAAUUUAACAUCAUAAAAUGUUGUCGAGUUGUGUCUCCCUUAACAUGUUUUGAGAAUAUGUUGGGUAUCAUUCAACUUGCGAUUCUAUGGGUUAUGUGUUUGUUGAUUUUAGUUCUCUUCAUGUUAUAUUUUCCUUCACAUCGGAAAUUUGCACCAUAUAUUCGACAUCUUCAUUUUAAUACACCACCAACUGAAUGGUCAAUUGAGUGGCGUGAUUCUAUUAUAGUUUCAACUAUUGUUACAAUUCAUAUUAUUUUUACCAUAGUUGUUACAGUAUUACUUUUAUUUUUUUAUGGUAAUGAAGAUAUUAAUUGGAAAGUGUUAUGGGCAGAAUUCUUGGGUAUAGCGUCCAUGAUAUUAAUAAGCAUUCAAUUUAUACCACAAUUAUUUAGAACUUGGAAGCGUAAGUCCGUUGGUGCGCUUAGUAUUGAAAUGAUGAUUAUGCAAGUUGCCGGUUCAUUUAUUUUCGUUUAUACUCUUUCAAUUAGACCUAGUGUCACUUGGACCACAUGGAUUGUAUUUUUUGUUUCAGGAUGUUUACAAGGAAUACUUCUCAUCAUGUGUGUUUGCUGGAAUUAUCGUUCCAGACGUCUUGGACAUGGGCCAUUUUAUGUUAAUGAAACUGAUCAAUUACUUGCUCGUGAUGGUAGACCAUUGAUUCCCGAUGAACGUACAGCGUUGAUAAAUAAAGGUCAUAAGAGAAAUCCUUCUAAUAGACCUAUUAUUUCAAGAAGUAGCAGCAAUAACAACGCCGCUAAUACUGUAAAUAAUAACAAUAACAACAAUAAUAUUGAAAAUAAUAAUAAUUUGUCUGUGAAAUUUUAACAUUUGUAAUUUUAUUAUUUAUUUGUUAUAGAAGUGUAAAUUAUUUUUGUAACAAUUUUGUUUUUAUCAAAUCUCUUUCUUUUAAAUAGACAUUUACCAAUUU